UGAUAUUACUAUAAAAGAUCAUUCAUAAGGAAGUAUUAUAUUCACUUGAUAUAACAUUGAAUGAAAUAUAUUAUUGUGUUUACUUCUUGAAUAAGAAUAUUAUUAUAACAAUAGAAUGAAUACUACUGAUAUACAAUCGAUGAAAUCAGAGUGGAAAACGGAUUGUACAAUCACUUGUAUUCCACAAGAAUCCUUCAAGCAAAAUCAAUUACAUACUACUACUAAUUUAACAAUUACUGAAUUCAAUUGUUCUGAUAUUCAUUCAGAUAAUUUAAAAUUAACAACAAAAUCAAUUGAUUCUUAUGAGAAUAAAGGUAAUUUAUUGAUUCAUUCAACAUCAUCUUCAUCAUCUUCACCAUCAUUAUCAUUUAAUCGACCGAAAUCUUCAUCACCAUUAUCAACAUAUGAUGAUACAAAUCGUAUUCUAUUUAAUGAUUUAUUAAAUCCUAAUGAAUAUUGUACUCAAUUAAUAGAGAAUAAUGUUACCAAUAAAUUAUAUCCAAUAAAAUCAUCAUAUGAAUUAAAGAAUAAAUUAAAUCUAAUUGUUUCCAAUGUUAAUGAUCAUGAUAAUCAUUGUAUCCAUGAUGAUAAUGACAGUGAUCAUGAUGAUGAUGAUGAUAAUGAUGAUGAUGAUGAUGAUGUGGAUCAUGAAAAUAGGGAACAAACAAAAUGUUAUAAUCCAAUUGAAAUAUCAGAAAAAUCUUAUUCACAUUUAACUGUUUAUAAACCUAUUGAUAAACAAUCGGAUUAUGAAAAUAGAGAAUGUGAUACAUUGUAUUUAAAUGAGAUAACUGAUAAAGAUCAUCCUUCUGCUCCACCACCACCACCGCCACCUCCUCCUCAUCAGGAUCCUCCUCCUCGUCAUCAUCAUCAGCAGCAGCAGCAGAAGCAGCAUCAUCAACAUCAUGAUCAUGAUCACUCAACUUACUAUUCACCUAAUCAUGAAUCAACAGAUAUGAUGCCAUUAAUAAAAAAAUCUAGAAUUUCUUCUUCAAAUGAAUUGAAUUGUAUAAAUUCAUUAACAGAAAAAUCAGAUAAUGCUUUAAAUCAAUCUAAAUUACAUCAUAUAGAUAAUACAAUUAUAUUGACUACUACUACUACUACUUCAUCUGUGUGUACACCAUCUAUAUCAACUUCGUCUACAUCAUUAUUUCAUUCUAUAGAAUUUGAAAUUAAUAAUAAUAAUAAUAGUGCACUUACAUCAAAUGAAGCUCUUCAUACUAAAAAACAAGAGAAUAAUUUCCCUAUAAAUGAAUCAAAUAAUAAUAUUCAUUUACAACAUAAUUCUAAUUAUAAAUUUACAGGAUUUCGGCCUCGUUUUCAAUAUCCUCAUCAGUAUCAUUUGAAUUAUCAAAGUAAUAAUAAUAAUAAUACUAGUAAUAAUACUAUUGAUCAAUAUCAAUCUUCCUAUCAAUUGAAUAGUUUACAAUUAAAUCAUAAUGAUACUACUUGUCAGUCUAUAUCACCUUUACAUAAUUAUUUCCCAUCAUUUUCAUUUAAUCGUUUACCAUGUUAUAAUGAUUAUAUGAAUAUUCAUUCUAAAGUUACAGAUCAAUUUGAUCCAAAUAAUGAACAUGAAAUGUUACAUCAUUCAAUAUUGAAUCGAGAAAAUGUUGUUGAUUAUUUGCAUAAAUCAAAUAUGAAUACAAGUUCAUCAUCGAAUAAUAGUAGUGAUAAUUUUAGUAAUAAUAAUAAUACUACUAAUAAUACUACUAACAAUAAUGGUUUAACUAAUCCACACAGGAGUUCAUCACAUAUUAGUAGUAGUAAUAAUAACAAUGCUAUUGCUACAGUCACUGGAGAACAUUUAUUAAAUGGUCAACAUACUAUACCUUCAUUUCAUUCAUCUAUUCUUACUACAAUUAAUGAAAGUAAUAAUAAUCCUAUAACAUUUCCCUCUGUAAUACCUAAUUUAUCAUCAAAUCAAACAAGUCCAUUAACAAUGUCAUCUUAUACAAGAAAUUUAAAUGAUUGUGCAGAGAAUAUAUCUAAAUUAAGUAAUUUAAAUUGGGCAUCAAACAAUACAUCAUCUCAUCCUUAUAGAGGGCAAGUAGGAUAUUCAAAUGAAUUUGGUAAUACAACAAGACGAAGAAAUGCUACAAAAGAAAGUACAACAACAUUAAAAGCUUGGUUACAAGAACAUAUUAAAAAUCCUUAUCCAACUAAAGGUGAAAAAAUUAUGUUAGCUAUUAUAACAAAAAUGACAUUAACACAAGUUUCUACAUGGUUUGCAAAUGCAAGAAGACGUUUAAAAAAAGAAAAUAAAAUGACAUGGACACCAAAACAUAGAAAUGAAGAACAAAAUGAUGAUAACGAUGAUGAUGAUGAUGAUAAUGAUGAUGACGAUGAUGAUGAUGAUGAUAAUGAUAAUGAUGAAGAGGUGAACAAUAGAAACAACAGUGUAGGUAAUAAUAAAGGACAACAUAAUGAAAGAUCUAAAUUAACAAAUAAUGAAAGUAUUUAUGAUGAUCAUGAUAUUGACGAAGAUGAUGAAAUAACUGGAUUUGAUCAUGAUGAUAAUGAUGAUGACGAUGAGGAUAUAUCAUUAAAUCAAUCAAGAAAUCAUUCUAUAUUAAAAGAUUCUCUAAAUCAUAAUGAUUAUCAAAAUUAUUUAUUAAAUCAAAAUGGGAAAAUUAAUAAAUUCCCAAUAAAAUCUUCUUAUAAUAAAAAUCAAUUCCAUAUAAAUAAUGAAUUAAUCUAUAAAAAGAAACAUGAACAAUUGAAUAAUUCAAUAUUCAAUCCACCACCAUCUUCAUCGUCAUCAUCAUCAUCUUCUUCUUCUGAAACAACAUUCAUGAAUCCAAUUCAACCAAAUAUGAAUGUAUCGUUUGAUGUAUUCAUGAAUGAUCAAUAUGAUAAAAUGAAUUGUACAUUGAAUUCAUUGAAUUCAUUCCAUAAACACCAUGAUAUACUGCAACACCACCACCACCAACAACCACCACUACCACCACCACCACCACCACCACAACAACAACAACAGCAUAAUCAUGAAUAUAAUAAAUUACAAUUACCAACAUCGUCAUCAUCAUCAUCAUUAUCACAAUUGAAUUAUUCUAUUGAAAAUCAUUUAAAUGAAUUUCGUAAUAAAAUUGAUAAGAAUAAUUCUAUUGGAUUGUAUUCAACUGAAACGAAAUUAGUCAAUUUAUCUGAAUCUAAUAUACCAAAUUGGACAGAUAUGAUACCAACAUCAUUAUCUAUGAAUAAAUAUGAUUCAAUACCAUUUGGACAACAAUCAUAUCAGAAUAUUUCAUUUCCAUAUUAUAUACAAGAAAAUUUACAUGUUUCACCUUAUAUUCAUGGAUUUGAUACAUCAACAAAUAAAGUAUAUUCAUCAUUUAAUCCAAUAUCAUCCACUACGAAUAUUAUAAAUUCAAAUAAAACAAACUUAAAGUCGAAUCAUUUAUCAGAAGAUAUUUCAUUGUUAUCAUCCUCCUCCUCAUCAUCAUCAUCAACAUUAUCAUCUUCAUCACCGUCAACAUGUUCACCAUUAUCAUCAUCUUUAAUCACUUCAACAACUACAACAUCAACAAUACCAACUACAAUCAAUUCAAUGUAUACAAAUUUUCCAAAUACAAUGCAUUUAUUAACGUCGAAAUCAUUUCCCCUUAACAACAAUAAUUCACAAUUAAUGAAUCAUAUCAAUACUGUUAAUAAUCAUGAUAGAUUAUCAUUUACUAAUUUAUUCAAUCAUAAAGAAUUAUUUUCAUCUAGAAUGAAUUGUACUAAUGAUCACUAUGAACAAAUUACAUCAUCACAUUUAUUAACUUCAAAUGAUUUAUUAACAGGUACAUUAAAUAAAAUUAAUCAUUUUCAUUAUGGAACUAAUAUGGACUCAAUUACAGAUGAUAAUAAUAAUAAUCAACAAAGAUUACCAUUUAUUUCAGAGGUCAAUAAUCAAAAUAGUACAACAUCAAUUACCAUAGCAUCUACUAUGACAUUGUCAACAAUCAAUUCAUUAUGGUCAUCACAAUUAAAACAGUUAACACGUUUAGACGAAGGUCGAUUAGAUAUGAGUUCAGAUCAGAUAGUAAGUUGUAGUGGUGAUGGUGGUGUUAUUCCAUUUCAACAGUUCAUUAAUUCUUCAUUAUCAAUACCAUUUACUACAACUGAUAAUAAUAAUAAUUAUACUACAAUUAAUAAUGGUUUCAAUAAUAUUUCAUCCAAAUUACAACCGAAUGAAACUAUUAUUACUACUACUACCACCACCACUGCUACUACUACUAUUAGUACUACUACUACUACGACCACUACUGAUAAUCAUAUUAGUAAUAUUUCAAGUCGACAUUUUACUCAAGAUGAUAUACAAACAUUAUCAUCUACACUAUGGUCAAAUGAACGAUUAAAUAAUAAUACUUAUAAUACAGAAUUAAAUCAUAAUACAUUUUAUCAACCAAUCUAUAAUUCAAUGCAUACUAUGCCUACAAGAUAAAUAUUAAUAAAGAGUAUAACUUAUUAAUACCUCUAUUAAUAUCCACUCAUUACUACUACUACUACUACUACUACUACUACUACUACUACUACUACUACUACUAUUACUACUACUACUGCCACCACCACCACCACUACUACUAAUAGUAGUAAUAAUAAUAAUAACAAUCGUGAUAUAACCAUAGUACCAUGUAGACAAAAACAAAACAAAACAUGAUACACUAAUCAAUAAAUUGUCAAUUUUCCUACUAAGUAACAAUUGUAACUGCACAUUGUACUGUUAUUUUUUUCUUUCAGUUCUCUUAUUUUCUUUUUCUUCUUUUUCUUCUUCGUCUUCUUUCAAAUGUAUCUUUAUUUUAUUCCAUUUUUUUAUUUGUUUAGUUUUAUUGAGUCUGUUGUUUGUUUGUAAUCAAUCAAUAACCAAUAAAGUUUAUUUAAUCAAUAAAAAUGAAUAUUGAUUAUUAUUAUUAUUAUUAUUAUU